AUGCCUAUGCAACUGCGUCCCCGUAAGAAGCCCCGACUUGCUAAGGGCGGCGAUACUAGCGAUGGCGACACACCAUCGACCGAGAUCACCUUGAACCCCGUCCCGAAAGCUGUGACGAACACAAAUUCAAUGGCGGUGGUCGCCAGAAAGCGGGUCCGACGCACGGUUGUGGAGGGUAUCACCGAACUCCCGGUGGAGAUUUUAUGCAUCGUGCUCUCAUACGCUCAUCCCCGGGAUCUUUGCAGCCUGACCAGAGUUUGCAAAACCUUCCGGAAGUUCUUCCUCACCCGCGACAUGCAGCGUGCGUGGAUCGCCUCCAUGGACGGGGCUCGGAACCCGCCGAUCCCGCAGUGCCCGCCGUGGAAGAGCGAGGUCGCAUGGUGCCACCUGCUGUUUGUACCUUUUUGCCAUGUCUGUGGCUGCCGCACAGAUUCGGUUAUCUGGCCGUGGUUCACGCGAUACUGCCAUGCCUGUUCGUUGACACAAUCCUACGAACUUAGGAAAGUGCUCAAUCUGAUCAACAAGUCGUUACGAGAAAGUCUUGACCCUUCUCGGCUGCUUGCGUGCUGUGUUAUCGACACUAGUGGAAAGAAAGACUAUUUCGGCCAGUACGCCGAACAGAGGUAUCACAUAGCUGAAGUGCACCAAUUCCUUCGCAAGCUCGAAUCAAUCCCCGCGGGGCCACUUGGCGCGGAAGACCGGCAGAAGGCCAUCGACGAACAGCGCACACUUCUUCCGUCUUGCGAGCAGCUGGCUGAAGAAUGUGGAAGGUGGCACGGUGAAGAAUUAGAUGCCCACGCGAAUAUUCUGUACAAGAAACGCAGCGCCCGGUUCCAAGAAAUCUUAGCGCGCCUCAAAGAUACGGAGUGGGCGUCGGAGCUCGAGAGGAUGAAAUGGCAGGACGUACUGCAAGUCCUCAUCCCGGUCUUCACCAACCGCCGCAACAGGCGACUCUGCGCCGCACGGUUCCCCAUUCUCGAGGACGCCAUCGAACCCUACUACGUCCUCGAGUACCCACGAACCCCAGAGCAAGACUACCGCCUCCACUUCUGGCACUUCGCGCUCGCCAAGCCCAUCAGGGCGAUCAUCCUGCGGCCCGAAGGCGAGACCGUCACCAUCGACGACUUCGUCGCCGUCAUGGGCGACGCCGAGCUCGCGUGGUGGGCCGAGCGCAAGGCCGUCCUGCGCGAGAACGUCGUCGCAGCGCUCAAGGACGCGGGCAUCAAGCCCCCCGCCAAGUCAUCGCGCACCGACGUGCUCGACCUCGCCAUUGCGAACGUCUUCCGUUGCCGGAACUGCGGCAACAGCGUCCUGGGCUACCGCAAGGCGAUCCUCCACCCUUGCGAGGGUCUCAAUCAGAUGUCCCCCGUGGGACGCAGGAACGCUGGGGCGAAGCAGCGCGACUUGUACGUCACCCUCGUCCUCAUGCACGAGCGCGGCCGGUCCGAGCACGAGUGCGAGCGGUGGGGGCCAUUGUUCAAGCCGUCGCGGGAGGUGGCGACGUUCGAGCUCUCGUUCGUCCCCCUUUACGACCCGGAGCGCGUCGCGUCGCUGCUGUGCGUGAUGAAAAUGGACCCCGCGAAGGCGACGGCCGAGCAGCUGUGCGCGUCCGGUGCGCGGGUCGUCUGCAGGACAUGCGAGACGGCGCGGAGGAAGUGCUUGCAGAAGGACACCGCAAGGACAGAACACAGCACCACCGUGUUUUGUUGGCAGGCAGCAAUUGCACACUUCAGUCAUCGGACAACGCACGACUUCCGUUGGGAGCUCGUUCCCAAGAAGCACAUGGGCGUCGUCCGCGAGGUGGAGGCGAAGGAGGGAUCAAUGCCCAUCAGCCGAGGCGCCUUCUGGUCGUGCUCGUUGUGCAAGUGGGAAGGAACUUACAGGCAAGUCGAGCACUGGAAGCAAAAACAUGAGCCGAACUAUGACGACUCCAACAAGGCAUCAGCAUUGGCGGAGCUGUCUGCGGAGAAGAAGAUGUACCCGCACCCCAUCAGUGACAAGAUCAUCUUCGAACCCUGCGACGUGAAGUUGCCCAUGUAG